AUGCGCGGCCUCCAUCUCCUUGCGACAGCGGUGCAUGUCACUGGCACACUCUCAUGCGCCCUACACGAGAAUCACCAACAGCUCGUCAACAGGAAACGGCACGUCAGUCCCCGGGCGGCGCCAGGGGACACGGAUUGGGCAUACGAGGCGUCCUUUAACUGGGGCCGUCUCAACCCUGAUUAUGCCCUCUGCCAGACCGGCACACAGCAGUCGCCCAUUGCCCUGAGCCUCAACAAUGGGCUGUCGCUGAACCACAUCCCCGAGUUCAACUAUCCUGAUAGCGUGGCGGGUAACUUUUACAACUGGGGUUACGGCCCGGCCUUUACCGUGACGCAUGAGGAUGGUGUAUGGGACCAGAACCCGUCCUUCUCAUUCGACAACGAGACUGUCUAUCUCAAGGGAUGGCACAUCCACGCCCCGGCAGAUCAUUCCGUGGGAGGAGAUCGGUCCAAGGCGGAGCUGCAUCUCGUCCACGUUGACGCCAAAGGCCACGAGCGAGCCGUCUUAGCCAUCCGCCUCGACCCGGGUAAUCGGGACAACCAGUUUCUAGCCCAGCUGCCGUCCAUGAUCGGCUUCAACGAGACGGAUAUCACGGAACCGGCAGAGCUGAACCAUCGGCUGGCGCUCGAGAGCGUGCUUUACUUUAACGAGUUCUGGACCUACCAGGGCAGCCUGACGAGUCCCCCCUGCCACGAGGGCAUCCGGUGGUUCGUGGCCAGGCAAAUCAUGUUUACGGGCGUGCAGCAGAUGAGGGACAUUCUGGGGGCGAGCACGUACAGCGCCCGUGCCGAGCAGGAGGUUUGGCUGCACAGGAUCAACGAGUGA